UAAACUUCUGCCGCCGUGGCGACUCUUCUUGUUAUCCGACUUCUUUCCAUCGGAGUGAUACCGUGCCGGUGUAGAAGAACCAAAUACCCCCCCAUUGCUUCCCAAAUCAAGUGACGAAAUUGUGGUUGUCAAGCUCUGGGAACCUCUUCAAGCAUGUUAAGAAGAAGCUAUGAUUAAUUCAAAUCAAGUAAGUAGGAGUCAUCUCCCUGACGUUGAGAAACCUAAAGGUCCUCAAACCAAUUGGUCAGAGCAUGUGAAGGCGUUUGAAGAUCCAUCGACCAGAACUAAGCAUUUGAGCUCCACUUUUCUUUACUCUUUAGAUAGUCAAAAGCCUAGAAAAAGCGGAGAUAUGGCGGCAAGGUCAAUUGCGUUUCCUAGUGUGAAUGCGCAUACUUUGGCGCACCCGCAAAUUGCAAAGGCUUGGCGUACUCUUUCAAGUCUCUCAUUAAAUAAGACCUACCUAAGACCUGGAAUUACUCCCCCAGUUGAUGAUGGUGGCACCAAUGGCUCAUAUUCUGCAAGAGAGAGAUCCACUGUGAAAGCUACAUGUAGCACUGAUGGUUCUUUUUAUAACAAUCAACAAAAUCAAAGUCAAAUGGGUGUACCAGGAACUGGACGAAACUUUCACAGCUUUCCUCCCCCUGUUCCUGGUGAUGGUAAAAUAUUUGCUGAAAAGUUUCCACGGAUAAAUGUUGAGACCAGAGAACCAGAAAACAGUUGCACGCCUUUAACUGGUGUGGAGAAACCAUUCAAGAAUUCUGCAUUCGCAGCUGAGCAGUUGGGAUCUGGAGAAGCAUGUCUUGACGAGAUUGAUGAUGACAUACUUCAGAAUAUUGAUGUCGACCAAAUUAUGAUGGAACACUACCAAUCAACAAGUACUCCUCAACCAUCUGUAUCUAGUUUUUCAUCGAGAACUUCACCAGCGGAUAGAACUGCUUCCAGAAGAGAAGAAGAGUGUGUUCUGCCUCCUGAAUUAUGUUCUAACUGCAGUCAUGGAAUAAAGCUAGGGCUUUGUCCAGAAGCUUCAACUCAUUUGGAACAAAUGAAGAACUUGUUGAUCGCAAUAUCAAAUGAACUCCUUGACGAUGAUACUGAGCUGAGUCCUGAUCGUAUUCAAGAGCUUCGGCAAGAGAGGUUACAACUGAAGAAGCAAAUUCAGGAGCUCGAGAACCAUAUUCGAGAUAAAGAAAGCCAAAAGUCUCAGUUUUUGUCAUCUACAGCUACUCGUACUUUCCAGUGUGAAACACCUAAAUCAACAAAUCUAAGAAUGGAUCAUCCACAAACUGAUUCUCGAGCACACUUUAGUGAGCAAGGAAGAUAUGCAUCUGAUAGCUGGGACAUGCCAAAAGAUUCUUCAUUUUCUGUAGAUAGGUAUGGUCUUUCUUCUGCUCCUGUAGAGAGGGAACAAUAUGUUCCGAGGAUUAUCGAGGUGACGUACACUGAAGGUUCAACCGACCAAAAGUGGAGCAGCCGUGAUUUCCCUUGGACUAGAAAAUUGGAGGUCAGUAACAAAAAAGUGUUUGGAAAUCACUCGUUUCGACCUAACCAGAGAGAAAUCAUCAACGCAACAAUGAGUGGCUCGGAUGUAUUUGUGUUGAUGCCAACUGGAGGAGGAAAGAGUUUGACGUAUCAGCUCCCUGCUCUGAUCUGUCAAGGAAUAACCUUAGUAAUUUCUCCACUCGUCUCACUCAUUCAAGACCAAAUAAUGAACCUAUUGCAGGCAAAUAUACCCGCUGCUUCCCUAAGUGCUGGCAUGGAAUGGUCUGAACAACUGAAGAUAUUUCAGGAGCUUAGUUCCGAGCAUUCGAAGUACAAACUACUAUAUGUCACACCCGAAAAAGUGGCACAAAGCGAUUCUCUUCUGAGGCAUCUAGAUAACUUAAACUCUCGUGGUUUGCUUGCUCGAUUUGUUAUUGAUGAAGCUCAUUGUGUGAGCCAAUGGGGGCAUGACUUUCGACCAGACUACCAGAGUCUUGGUAUUCUGAAGCAGAAGUUUCCGAACAUUCCCGUGUUAGCGUUAACAGCUACCGCAACAGCCAGUGUGAAGGAAGAUGUUGUACAAGCUCUUGGCCUUGUUAACUGUGUUGUGUUCCGGCAAAGUUUUAAUCGCCCAAAUCUAUGGUAUUCCGUUGUUCCCAAGACGAAAAAAUGUGUGGAAGAUAUUGACAAAUUUAUCAAGGAAAACCAUUUUGAUGAAUGUGGAAUUAUAUAUUGUCUUUCAAGAAUGGACUGCGAGAAAGUCGCUCAAAGGUUACAGGAGUUCGGUCAUAAAGCAGCAUUCUACCAUGGCAGCAUAGAGCCUACUCAACGUGCUUUAGUACAGAAACAAUGGAGCAAGGACGAAAUCAAUAUAAUAUGUGCUACCGUGGCCUUUGGAAUGGGAAUCAACAAGCCUGAUGUCCGCUUUGUUAUUCAUCACUCGCUGCCGAAGUCUAUAGAAGGCUAUCAUCAGGAAUGUGGUCGUGCUGGCAGGGAUGGCCAGCGAGCAUCUUGUGUUUUGUAUUACGGUUAUGGCGACUAUAUACGAGUUAAGCAUAUGAUUAGUCAAGGAGGAGUUGACCAAAGCCCCAUGGCAUAUGGUUAUAAUCGAGUAGCAAGUUCAGGGAGGUUACUUGAAACGAACACUGAAAACCUUCUCCGCAUGGUUAGAUAUUGUGAAAAUGAGGUGGACUGCCGACGUUUCCUACAACUAGUCCAUUUUGGAGAAAAGUUUGACUCCACAAACUGCAAAAGAACGUGUGAUAAUUGUUCCAGUAGCCAGAGUUUGAUUGACAAAGAUAUCACUUUGAUUACAAGGCAAUUGGUUGAGCUGGUGAAGCAAACAGGAGAAAGGUUUUCUUCAUCUCAUAUUCUUGAAGUCUACAGAGGUUCCUUAAACCAAAUGGUCAAGAAAAACAGACAUGAGACUUUGCAGUUCCAUGGAGCUGGAAAACAUUUAUCGAAACUUGAAGUCUCCCGUAUCUUGCACUAUCUCGUCACAGAGGACAUUCUUGUGGAAGAUGUUAGGAAAAGUGAUAUGUACGGAUCCGUAUCAUCGUUGCUCAAGGUGAAUAAAUCAAAGGCUGCCUCACUCUUUUCUGGAAGCCAGACUAUAAUGAUGAGAUUCCCGUCUUCUGUAAAAGUAUUAAAGCCCUGUAGAGCCGCGGCAACCCCUGCAAAAGCUCCUUUAACAACAACAGAUGCUCCUCCAGAAGAUGUGAAUCUCUCCGCCAUCAUGUACAUAGCCUUGAGGAAGCUUCGUACGCUUCUUGUCAAGGAAGCCCCUGACGGUGUCAUGGCAUACCAUAUAUUUGGCAACGCAACGCUUCAGCAGAUAAGCAAGAAAAUUCCGAGAACCAAAGAGGAACUCCUCGAGAUAAAUGGCCUUGGGAAGGCCAAAGUAACCAAGUACGGUGAUCGGUUGUUGGAAACAAUAGAGGCAACGGUCAACGAGUACAAUGGAACUAGCAAGAAAGACUCUAUGAUUAGUCCGGAUUCAGGGAAGAGGAGAAGAGACGAGAACAUUAGUCCGAAUGUAACCGAAGAGGAUGAUGAUUUCGCAGAGAGCUCAAGCCAGUCUUGCAAAAAAACGGUGAGAAGCAAAAGCAGUGAGUUUCAUCAUGGUGAAUGUGCAGAUGGAGAUGGAGUAGGUAUGGUUAUGGAGAAGCUAGAUUUUGAUUUUGAAGACGAAGAUGGGUCGGAGAUACGACCAGGGGGAAGAGUAUUACCUUGGUGAAGUAGUAACCAUUGUGAAAUGUUAAAUUAAAUAUGAUGUAAACUUCUUUGGUCUACUCGGUGAUGUACCUUAAUGAGCUUCGUUUCUAUGCUAAAAGACUUUAAAUAUAAGAUUAACAAAG